AUGUGCAGGUUAUGGAAACAUCCGAUCGUUGAGACCAGUGGAGCUUCAUGGCAAACUGCUCAGCAGGACAGCCUGGGAUAUUCAGGUGUAAAUGCAUCACACACAAUGGCGCAGACGGACAUGGGCAGAAUGAGUCAGUUCAAGUCCAAAAUCAUGAGAGUCGGUCAGAGACACGGAGUCGACCCUGCUCUCAUUGCUGCCAUCAUCUCGAGAGAGUCCAGGGCUGGAAAUGCACUUCAAGACGGCUGGGGAGACUUUCACAACGCCUGGGGACUGAUGCAGGUUGAUGUUAAUCCCAAUGGAGGUGGACACACUGCUAAAGGUGGAUGGGACAGUGAGGAACACCUCAACCAAGGCACUGAGAUCUUGGUUUAUUUUAUUAACCGAAUCAGCAAUAAGUUUCCUGGCUGGAGCAGAGAGCAGCAGCUGAAAGGAGGGAUAGCAGCCUACAACAUGGGGGAUGGGAAUGUGCAUUCCUAUAGUGGAGUAGAUCAACACACAACCGGUGGAGACUACUCCAAUGACGUCACAGCCAGAGCUCAGUGGUACAAAAACAAUGGUUACUGAAGCUGAGCAGUUUCCUGAAAGUCAUCAAUGAAACAUCAUAUUGUGUGUACUGUGUCAAAACCUGGGCUAAAUAAACGUGAUGCAAAGUGAAACUACA